GUGCCCCGCCCCGGAGCUGCCUUUCCCGUCAGCCCCGCGGCGCUGCCGGCGCAGGUCAGUUUCCUUAAACAGUGCCAAAGGGAAGAGGAUGGAACCAGGACACGCUGCCAAGGACACAGUCCUCAUCACGGGAGGAGGCGGGUAUUUUGGCUUCCGGUUAGGUUGUGCCAUAUACCAAAAGGGAGUUGAUGUGAUUCUCUUUGAUGUCAUGAAGCCACUUCCAACGAUGCCAGACGGAAUAAAGUUCCUGCAAGGGGAUGUCUGUUGCCUGUCUGAAGUCGAAAAGGCUCUUAGAGAUGUAAUCUGCGUAUUCCAUAUCGCUUCCUAUGGAAUGUCUGGCAGGGAGCAGCUGAACCGAAAACUUAUAGAAGACGUUAAUGUGAAAGGAACAGAAAAUGUCAUCCAAGCCUGCAAGAGCACUGGAGUGUUGAGUCUGAUUUAUACGAGCACAUAUAAUGUGGUAUUUGGAGGCCAGGUUAUAGAAAAUGGGGAUGAAUCUCUGCCUUACCUACCUCUUCACCUUCACCCAGAUCACUACUCCCGGACCAAAUCUUUAGCUGAGAUGAAGGUGCUGGAGGCAAACGGUGCUGAGCUUGGAAAUGGGAAAGGUGUGUUAAGGACUUGUGCUCUCCGACCAGCAGGCAUCUAUGGGCCUGGAGAGCAAAGACAUCUUCCAAGAAUAGUUAGUUACAUCGAAAGAGGACUGUUUAAAUUUGUAUAUGGAGAUCCUCUUAGUUUAGUAGAAUUUGUACAUGUAGACAAUCUAGUUCAGGCUCAUAUCCUUGCCUCUGAGGCCCUCAAAGCCAACAAAAAGCACAUAGCUGCAGGCCAAGCCUAUUUUAUUUCAGAUGGCAGGCCUGUAAAUAACUUUGAAUUUUUCCGACCAUUAGUGGAAGGUUUGGGUUACAAAUUCCCAACCUGCCGUCUUCCUCUCUCCCUUGUCUAUUUUUUUGCAUUCCUUACUGAAAUAGUUCAUUUUCUUGUCGGUCAUGUUUAUAAUUUUCAGCCGCUCCUCACUCGCACAGAGGUUUACAAAACUGGUGUCACACAUUAUUUUAGCAUGGAGAAGGCCAAAAAAGAGCUGGGGUAUGAGCCUCAGCAAUACAGCCUGAAUGAAGUGGUUGAGUGGUUUAGAUCUCAGGGAUGUGGACCAAAGCCCAGAAUGUACACCAUUAUGCAUCUUGUUAGGGAUGGAGGAUUGCUCUUGCUGCUGAUUGCUGUGAUGGUCUCAUGGUUUCCAUCUGCACUUACUUUUUCGCUCUGAAAGAUGAAACACUGAGUAUGGAAAGCAGAAUUUAGUUAUGAUUUAGUUAUGUUCUCUGAGUGCUCUUGGUAUUGACAGACAGGUAAUAGCAAAAAUAAUAAAAUGAAAAUACACAAGUAAAUAUUUUUAACAGUUGUUUCCCCCAGGAACAGAACUGCUGAGUAAAAAUAUGUAAUUUUUUUAUACGUGGUUCCUCUUCAAAGUAAACUGAUUAGAUCACUAACAAGAUGAAGCCCAGUAUUACUGCAAACAGCAUUUUAAUUUCAAGUACAACAGCACACUGAAAGGAACAAAUGUCCUUAGGUUGACCUUUCUUCUCCCUGAAGGGAUUAUACUCUCUAUCCCUGCCCUUUAUUCCUAGUUUGUGCUACAUGAUCCAGAGAAUAAUCUUAUUCUUUGAUCACAUUCCAAAACAAAAUUCUUCUUUCCAGCCUGAAUGUAUAUAUACCUAACCAAGAUCAACUGAUAAACCACUGGACAAUAAAUAAAUGCUUUUUUUUAAAAUGAAUGCAUUCUGGUAUGCUUUUCUGAGUUAACUCUGGGAUAUCUAAUGACAUUUCCAGAAAAUGCACAAUGGUUAAUCCAAGUUACAGCAGAGUGCUCAAAGCAGCACAGAUCUGUAGAUUUUCCUAACAGUAAAAUAUGCCUGUUUAAAAUGAAUGAGCUAGCUAAAGUGUUUUCAUAAAUAAAACCUAUGAUUUUUCCAAGCAUUAUUGAAUGGUUAAACAAACAAUCCAUCAAAGACAUUUGGUAUGCGAUUACAUUCAUAUUCUACUCUUUAUACUUUAGCCUUUAAUAAUAUUUCUUUAAUACCUGACACCAUUUGAAUAGAAUUUCAUCUUUGCAGUAGGAUGAUAAAUACCUGAUACAAUGCAACUCAUAAUUCUGUGAAUAUUUACGAACAGAAAUAAGACUUCAUUAAGUGCGGGUCUCCACUGUCUCUAGCAGCUCACUCAUCUCUGUCAGUUUGAUACAGGAAGAGAUCCUGAGAAACUUAAUAUCAAAAUAUUAAAUUACAAAGUUGUUUUCCCUUAACCCAUCAGCAUUGCCAUAGUACUUCCUGAUAAAAGGACAGUCCUUCAAGAAUUGCACAUUUCUCUUUAAAAUUUAGCCUUUCCAGUGAAUAUUACACUGAUCUUAAUUUUGUCCAAGUUCCAGCUGCUUCAGUUCUGU